AUGGCAGACCUUAUGAACAAGAUCAAGGAGACACUGGUCCCCUCCAACACUGAGAACAGCAACACUGAUUCUCACCAAGAGUCUCACAACACUGGUUCUCUUCGAGAGACCUACAACACCAGCUCCCAUAACACCGAGUCUUUCAACAACACCAACCAGAACAACCAGCGAGAGUUGGGCUCAAACUCCCACAUUUCUCCCCUUGAUGCAACAAGCAACCAAAACCAGCAGACCGAGGGUGUCCGCACAGGAGACAGGAUCGACUCGCUGGUAGAGAACGUCCCUGGUGUUCCCUCAUCUCAAUCCAAGCCUUCAAACACACCUUCUUACCAGAAUGACAUGCACAAAUCCCCUGGCGCUACUCUUGACGCUGCCCGUGCUCCUCCUUCUGCUCUUAAGGAGCACCUUGGAGAGCCUAUCAUUGAGCACGACUAUCCUCAUGAGAGCUCGACUAAGAGACACUCUUCUGUCAGCCACCAGGAGGAGCACUAUAACCUCAACUAA